CUCACACGGUCACUAAGUCCUGCCUACAAGAGGAACUGGACUCCAUCCUGGAUUCUGUGGUGCAGAACAUCUCAACCUACUUGCUCAAAGCUUAAUACCCCAGCAGGAGGCGUCAGUGAGCCGCGGGCGGAGAAUGACAGAGGAGGCCAACAUCAGCUGCUUGCUGCACCUCACCACCGACCACCUCUACUUCAAGAAGUUUAAGUCGGUGAAGGCGGUCGUUGCUCAGGUGGCUUCAUACAUGCGUGCUGUCAAUGACGUGUACGACAAAGUGGAGUUUGAUGGAAUCAAGCUGAUCCACUUCAAACUGAAGUCCCUCACUGUGAUGAGCGAGGAGAAGAAGAAGGAUCCUCUGCAUCCUCUCUACAUCGGACCAGAGAAGCUGCUGAGUCUCUACUCGGAAAACAACUGGGGCAACUACUGCUUGUCCUACCUCUUCACCAACCGAGACUACAGCGGCGUGCUCGGCCUCGCUUGGGAGGGCAAGCCUGGUAACUCAGGAGGAAUCUGCUCCAAAUACACCACCCUGCAUGACGGCCGCAAGUCCACCCUCAACACAGGCCUGGUCACCAUUCAGAACUACGGACAGUUCCUGCCGCCCCGGCACGUCCAGCUGACCUUUGCUCACGAACUCGGACACAGCCUCGGCUCUCCGCACGAUGAAGGCUCAAAUUGUGGCAAGCUGGGCUCCUGGGGUGGACAGGGCAGGUACCUGAUGUUCCCACAGGCCACAGACCAGGUGAGGCCAAACAACGACAAGUUGUCCACCUGCAGCAUCCGACGCAUCAACGCCAUGCUGCGCCUCAAAAAGGACGACUGCUUUGUGGCCAGCGAUCAGCCCAUAUGUGGCAACCAGAUGUUGGAGGAGGGCGAGGAGUGCGACGUGGGUCACGAUGACUCGGACCCUUGUUGCUACAGCGCUAAAGAGGCAGUGGGGGUCCAGUGCCGCCUCAAGCCGGGCAAAACGUGCAGUCCCAGUCAGGGUCUGUGCUGCAGCCAGGACUGCAGGUACAAGGCAACAGGUGAAAGCUGUGAUGAGGAGACAGACUGUCAGGAGGAGGGGCUUUGUUCAGGUGUUUCCUCUCUGUGCCCGGAGCCACACCCCAAGGAGAACCUCACCGUCUGCAGUCAAGGGACACGCAUCUGCCUGAAAGGGGUGUGUGCGGCGUCCAUCUGCGUGAAACACCACUUGGAGCAGUGCGACUGUCCGGGUGACUCCAAGAAGGAGAAAUGCCACAUGUGCUGCCAACAGCUGGAUAAGCCCGAGACGUGUGCCAGCACCACCUCCUCCUUGUUGUCCCGUCACUUCCAGAGAAAGGCUUUACCCCUGGUGGGCGGGGCUCCGUGCAUGGCCAACCAAGGCUACUGCGACAAAUUCCACGUAUGCCGCCUGCUGGACGCCGACGGCCCCAUCGCCAGACUGAAGAACUCCUUCCUCAAUCUGGAGCACUUUGAGGACGUGGGAGAGUGGAUGAAGGCUCACUGGUGGCUCAUCCUGCUGGCCAUCCUCACACUGGCAGCCAUCAUGGGAAGCACCGUCUGCCUCUGUGGGAAAAGUCUGGACACCAGAACCCUGCAAUGACUCACUCACCUUUCAUUCAGGAAGUCUGGACACCAGAAACCUGCAAUGACUCACUCACCUUUAAUUCAGGAAGUCUGGACACCAGAACCCUGCAAUGACUCACUCACCUUUCAUUCAGGAAGUCUGGACACCAGAACCCUGCAAUGACUCACUCACCUUUCAUUCAGGAAGUCUGGACACCAGAACCCUGCAAUGACUCACUCACCUUUAAUUCAGAUGACCCAUCAUGGAAUUGAUCCGGGAUCUUCACCAAUGACCUGAAGAUGGAACUAAUACACGUAACUUAACGUUCACUUGAACUUCCAAGUCAACAUUGUCACACUGCUUUUGUUACAGCCUGCAAGAGUCAAUAAAAU